AAUCAGGCACGCAUCUGGAGCCGACAGCGCAGCUUCCGGGAUUUGGCGGGGCCUUUGUGUCUCGCUGCCGCCGGACCUUGGCGUCUUGUCUUCACUGCUUGGCGUCCUCUGCCAUAAAAGGCCCGGCUGCUGUGACCCUGUUAUCUGCAAAAACUUGAAGGUUCACAGCUAAGACGCCGGGAACCCCUGAAGCCUAGAAAUGGGACCACUGACAUUUAGGGAUGUGAAAAUAGAAUUCUCUCUGGAGGAGUGGCAAUGCCUGGACACUGCGCAGCGGAAUUUAUAUAGAGAUGUGAUGUUAGAGAACUACAGAAAUCUGGCCUUCUUGGGUAUUGCUAUCUCUAAGCCAGACCUGAUCACCUGGCUGGAGCAAGGAAAAGAGCCCUGGAAUAUGAAGAGUCAUGCGAUGGUAGCCAAACCCCCAGUUAUAUGGUCUCAUUUUGCCCAAGACCUUUGGCCAGAGGAGAGCAUAAAAGAUUCCUUCCAAAAAGGGAUACUGAGAACAUAUGGAAAAUAUGGACAUGAGAGUUUACAGCUAAGAAAAGACUGUAAACAUGUGGAUGCAUGUAAGGUGUACAAAGGAGGUUAUAACCAAUGUAUGAUGACUACUGAGAGCAAAAUAUUUCAGUGUGAUAAAUUUGUGAAAGUCUUUCAUAAAUUUUCCAAUUUAAAUAGAAGUAAGAUAAGACAUACUAGAAAGAAACCUUUCAAAUGUAAAAACCAUGGCAAAUCAUUUUGCAUGCUUUCACAACGAACUCAACAUAAGCAAAUUCAUACUAGAGAGUAUUCUUACAAAUGUGAAGAAUGUGGUAAGGCCUUUAACUGGUCCUCAACACUUACUAAACAUAAGAUAAUUCAUACUGGAGAAAAACCCUACAAAUGUGAAGAAUGUGGCAAAGCUUUUAACCGGAGGCACGAGAUAGCCUUGGUCUUAGGAAGACCUUGGGUGCCCCAGCUCACUUCAGCCCUGAUCAGUGUGAUGCAGGCACUGGGUCCUGGUUCUGGAGGUGAGAAUACACCCCUGUGCUUGCACUGCAUGGCUGGCACAGUGGGCAUUCAGGUGCCUAUUUGGGGACUGCUACGGAGUCCUGUGCCAGAUGCAGUGGUGCACAGCUGGGAGCCAAGGGUCCCUGCUUCUGCUGGAGAAUCUGGGCAGAUGUAA